GUGUAAACUGUGAGAGAUAUAUUUUUCAAAAAGAUGAGAAAGAAAGAAAUCCUUAGUAGCAGAGAAUACAAAAUUGUCAAAACUCUCUCUCUCUCUCUCUCUCUCACUGACCAAACUUCUCCCAUAUUUGCAAGUUUUCAUAUACCUAUAAACCUAUUCCAUGUCUGAGGAUCGGCAACAAAACCAACAGAUUCUACCAAAACUUCAAGAAUUAGCAUCACGACAAGAACAAGAAAAAGAACAGGAACAGGAAGAUGGGGAUGAUGAUCAUGAGCUUCAAGUUCAUGAAGUACCAUCAGAAGAUCAUCAUCAACAUCAACAUCAUCAUCAAGAAGAAGAAGAAGAGUGCAAGACACCGACUUCAAGUGAUCACAAGAUACCAAGUAUUCAGACCUGCCCACCAACACCAAGAAAGAAAGCCCACAAAUCAUUCUUGCAUAAGAGAAAAUUGCCUGAGUUAGAGUUCUUUGAAGCUAGUAAUAAAGAUGAGGUAGACUCUUUCUUUCGAUCAAACUUUGAGAUGUCUAGGGUUGAAUCUCGUUCUAUUAAGAGGAGAUGUAAAAGUUAUUAACAUUAUUUAAUAAUUAAUUACAAUUCAUGAUCUCUCCAUAUGUGUAAAUAUGUAAUAUUUACAUAUUUAUUAUUAUUUUUCUUCUUUUUA